AUGGUUCGUGCUAAACUAACAGGAACGAAAAUAAAUACUAAAAGACAAUUUCGCACAGACAACUCAUCCAUUUUAUGUACCGGCAAUAUCACUCAACUUAUAAGUAACUUGCAGAAAGAAAUAAAUAAAAAGUCAAUAUACCAACUACCAAUCCAGGAACAAUACGCGAAACUUAUAAGCCUAUUGAAAACAGAAACCAAAAAAGUAAAUACAGAUAGCAAAAAAGUGAUAUCGGACGAAACAUACCAACUAUUAAAAGAAAGGAAAGAAUUAUUACAAAAGAAAGAAAAGAAAAAUUACCGUCCCAGAAUAUCAGAACUCAGUAAAAAAAUUAAUGUAAAUAUCAGAAAAGACAAGAAAAUUAAAAGACAAAAUACACUAAAGAAACAUAUUGAAAAAACAGGUGGAAUUAAAAAGGCAAUAAAGGAAUUAAAUAGUAAAAAAGAAUGGAUGUUAAAGGUGAAGACAAUGGAUAAUAAUUAUACAAAUAAAAGAACAGAAAUAGUUAAAGUAGCAACCGAAUAUUAUCGAAAUCUUUACCGAAGCAAAAACCCAAAAAGAAUAACAAAUAAAAUAAAUACUGACUCGAUCCCUGAAAUAUUGAAAGAAGAAACAAUAAGAGCAAUUAACACGCAAAAGAGGGACAAGACACCGGGUACUGAUCAAGUAACAAAUGAGUUAUUAAAAUCUACUACACCAGUAAUUGCUCCUAUUAUAUAA